UAUGAGCAUCUGGCAGAAGGCAAGGAACCAACCACUUCUACCACCAAAAAAAACAAAAAGAGGAACCAACCACGUGUAUCAUUACAGUCCACUCUCACGAUCUUGUCUCCCAACUAAAUCAAAUUAACAAAAAUAAGUUCUCCACACUUUCCACUGUCGAAUUUUCUCACCUAACUCGCUGUUCUUCUUGAUUGCAAAUUUGAGCUUUUCGCAAAAUCUGAUAAUUCAACACUCAAAUGGCAUCCUAUGUUGCUUCUUCUUCAUCAGUAUUUUCACCAAUAUGUCCCAUUUUUUCUCAAGCCAAAUUGAAUCUUUACUACAACACUUCUUCUUCUGUCUACAAACCAACUUCUUGUAGCUCUUCCAAAUCUUCAUUUUUCCAAUAUGGGUUCUCUUUACCAUCCUCUAAAUCAUUUGGGUAUUCAUUGAAAUCCAAGAAUGUAGGCACUGUCUAUGCUAGAGCUGCUACUGAGAAGACUAUUUAUGACUUCACUGUUAAGGAUAUUGAUGGGAAAGAUGUUCCACUUAACACAUUUAAGGGAAAGGUUCUUCUAAUUGUUAACGUUGCUUCCAGAUGUGGCUUGACAACAUCAAAUUACACAGAGCUCUCUCGUUUGUAUGAGAAGUAUAAAAAUCAAGGACUUGAGAUUCUUGCUUUUCCAUGUAAUCAGUUUGGGGCUCAAGAGCCAGGAUCAAAUCCGGAGAUUAAGCAGUUUGCUUGUACACGGUUUAAAGCUGAAUUCCCAAUUUUUGACAAGGUUGACGUUAAUGGGCCAAACACGGCACCAGUUUACCAGUUCCUAAAAUCAAAUGCAGGAGGAUUUUUAGGUGAUCUGGUUAAGUGGAACUUUGAGAAGUUUCUUGUGGACAAAAAUGGUAAAGUUGUUGAGAGGUAUCCACCAACAACGUCGCCUUUCCAAAUAGAGAAGGAUAUUCAGAAACUUUUGGCAACAUAACUUGUAUGGAGAUUGGUUCCUACUUUUUUUAUGUACACAUAAGAGGGAGGAAAACGAGACGAAACAUCUUUCGAUGUGUCCAACUGAAGUGUUUCCACUCUCAACUUUGCUUAAAAUUAUAUGAGAAGCAGAUAUCUCAUGGAUUUGUUUUGUCAAUCCUAAGGACCCGUUUGGUAGUGUGGAUUAUUUUCAUAAUCUAUGGAUGAAAUGGUGGAAUUACUUAAAAGACAUUGUUUGCUACCAACUUUGGAGCAAUGUAUAAUUAAUAUAUUAAUAUAUGGAUUAGUUAUACAUCCUACAUGAUAUUAUAGGGUGUAUAACUAAUACACCCAAUUUGAUGGGAUUAGUAAUC